UCCGAACACCGGCGGUGGGCUUCUCACAGUGGCGACAGCGCGACACGCUUCACGUGCACUUUGACGUUACAAGGAGAAGUGUGUAGCUCGUGAGGGACUCAAACUCACCUGGGCUGCACGAGACGAACGCGCCGUUGAGAUGAAGCCGCCCGCUCGGAAACGAACUAGACCAGGCCGGAACCUGAGCCCGGAGCCCCCACGGCCUCAGUCCCCGUCCCCGACUCCGUCUCCGUGGAUCAGAUACUGGAGGGUCUCGGAGCAGAGGGGCCUCCUGAAAGCUAUGAAAACGUUUAGCAGUCUUCAUGGAUCCACCGUAGACCUCGACUACGCCUUCGUGGAGAAAUACGUCCCGUGUCGGUCCACUGCAGAGAGCCAGUCUGUGGUGGAGUUCCUGAAGGACAGCGUGCUCUCGCUGGCCAGCUUAAAGCUGAAGAAGAGGACAUUGGAGAAGAAGUUGCGAAAGCCCAUCGAGGAGUGGACCAGCAUGGCUUCUACCGUCGCCGGACCGGACGAAGAACCCAUUACCACCGCGUUCUCUCAGAUGCUGAUGGUGUCGUCCACAGAGCCUCGCACCCUCAGGUACUGUGACCCCCCUCAGGUCUACAGACCCCCCACAGACCGGCUGGUGGGUCGCACCGUCCCACUUAGACCGAUGCCUCGGAUGCAGAUCAAAGUCGAGCGUCCUGACCCCAACGAAGCUCGUCCUGUCGUGAUACUCGAGAGUCCAGGACAACCAACAGGUCAAGGACCGGCCACGGGUCCAUCACGAGUCAACGGGGUUCAAGUGAUGAACUGGAAAGUUCUUCCACCCAGGCAACAGCUUUCUACCACAGCUGGAUCCUCACCUGCUAGGACCGCCAUCUCCUUCCAACCGGAUACAGCGACAAUACUACUUUCAUCGCCUCAACUCGCCCCAAAGACUGCGCCCCCGGUUACAGUACACGACUCACCCGGUUCUGGCUCUGCAGCGGUGGGUAAGACUCUGAUCACAACUCCCCAGCAGCCCUCGGCGCAGAGCCCCACCGCCAUUGCCACCGCCUCUACACCCAAGUCCAAUUCAUCCGGUCCCCACGCGUCUCUCUCCUCCUCGGCCACCGGCCAGACUCCGCCCCCGACCAGGACUGACCCCCCCGGCUGCCCCAAGCUGCCGCUCUCCAGCCCCGCCGCGGAAUUCCACGCCAAGUUUGGUCGCACCAGCAAGUUCGCCACUGAAGACAGCCCCCGGGUGUACGGCGUCAAGAGCGUGGUGGACUUCGAGAGGAUCUACAGCUACCUGAGCGGCAUCCAUCAGCCCACCGACGACCCGUGUCAACUCACCCCGAUGGAGAGCGCCAUCGUGUUGGACCUGUUGAUGUCCCUCCCAGAAGAGCUCCCCCUGCUGGACGGAAAGAAACUUCACAAGCAUCUGAUCCAGGUGUAUCAAUUUCUCUCGUCCACCGCUGAAUCCAAGAUGGCGGCAGAAUUGCUGAAGGAGCUGAAAGACGGACUCCGCUCUCCAGACGGAAAAAGAACAAACUGCCGGCAGAGCGCCGCUCGGACUGCCGACGGCGUCACGGCCGGCGACAACGUCACGGCCGCCGGCGGUGACGGCAGUAACCUGCAACCGGAUGGAUCUGAGAGCCAGGGGAGCGGUGACCAAUCGGGGUCGUCGGGGGACGCGGAUGAGAUUCUCUUCCCCGCCCUCAACCCUUUUGUGGUGCCAGUGAGACUGUUGAUGCGCAAAUAGGUCAGAAAAUGACAAAUAAAUGUGCCGUGUGCUUUAGAUGCGUCUACAUUCUAUAAUCGUACAUUACAGUCGUUGUUUGUCUCUGAGGUUGAAUAUCGAACCGGAGAAUUUUGAGUUUUGAAUCUGGUGAUGAUGUCCGGUUCAUCGUCUCUUUACUUGCUGAUUGUUCAGUUUGUUGACGCUUUAUUUCUUGUUCAUCUUCUUCUGUUGAUCGACAUUAGUUUGGCUUAUUUUUGUUCCACGUCCUUUUUUGUUGAAAGUGAGAUUCUUGACGGGUCUUAAAGAAAUGAAUGAAUGUUCCAGGACAAAAACAUGAAAGCGCGUUCACGUGUUCCUGAACACCCCAAAUCCACUUAAACUUGAAUAUUUGUCUCCUUUUAAAGUAAAGCAAUGUGUUUUUGGAUGCAGCUCAUAAUGA